AUGAAGGAUGAAACCCUUAAAAAGAUAAUUUUUUCAGAUGAAGUAAUAAUAAACCUUUUUACUAGUAAUGGGGUAAGAUAUGUUAGAUAUUACAUAAGAGAAAGACAUAACAGCAAAAACAUUGUACCCACAGUAAAACAUGAAAGAGGAUGUGUUAUAGUCAGGGGGUGUAUAUCAUAUCAAGGUGUUGGUAGACUUGUAUUUAUUGAAAAUACUAUGACAGGGGUUGUUUAUAAACAAAUUUUAGCAAAAAAUUUAAGACAGUAA